AUCAAAAAGCUAUAGGUUAGAAGUUUAAUGUUUCAAUUUAUUUACCUUUUUCCUAUUUGUAACUUUUUUUUUUAUAACUUUUUGUGAAAAGUUUGUUAUAUAGUCAGGUUAAUCAGGCGACAUGUCUUUAAACUACAGGUUCUAAAAAUACACAAAUUCACCCAUCCAAAAUGAAUUUAACGGUGAUCUUCUGACCUUGCAUUCUUUGCUAGUGAGGGGAGAACUGUCACCCAAUCGAUCGUCACGAGCCGGCCGGUGUCGUCACUCUGCCCGCUCUAUAAAACUCCCCCCGACUCACUCACCUGGUUAGACAAACACCUCUAAUCUAGCUGAGCGCACGCUUAUUUUGAUAGGAUAGCCAAUAUUUUUACAGCCUGUUUAGUUGGCAAAUUGAGGGAAUUUAAAUUUUUUAAAUUCUAAUAGUCAUAAAAGUUUAUAAAAGACAACUUUUAUGAAUCUUGCAAAUUUUUCAUAUUUCACUGGCAUGUGCAACAUGACGGCAGAGUCCCAGCACUCGCCAGCCGAGGCGGCCAGUCCAGUGGUGCUGUCUCCCAACGUGAGCCUGGACUCCCCGAUACCUCUUCCUUCCCCAGCGCUCAACCACCAUGCUCGAACCAAGGACGGUGUUCUCAUCAAAGCCGAGCCACGGGUCAGCAGUCCAAACACUGAGAGGGAGGAAGUGGUUUCACUGGGUCAAACCGAAGAACAUCUGCCCGCUACUGGCAGCCGGCGGAGGAAAAGGCCAGUGCAGCGAGGUAAACCUCCCUACAGUUACAUCGCACUGAUCGCAAUGGCCAUCGCCAAUUCACCUGAGAGAAAACUCACCCUCGGCGGCAUCUAUAAGUUCAUCAUGGAACGCUUUCCUUUUUACCGCGAGAAUUCCAAGAAGUGGCAAAAUUCCAUACGGCACAACCUCACCCUCAAUGACUGUUUUGUGAAGAUCCCGCGAGAGCCCGGUAGGCCCGGCAAAGGAAACUACUGGACGCUUGACCCCGCCGCUGAGGACAUGUUCGACAACGGGAGUUUCUUGAGACGGAGGAAGCGCUUCAAGCGGACUGAUGUAAGCACAUAUCCUGGAUACAUGCAAAGCUCGAGCGCUUUCACGCCAACACCGAUGGGUAGACAGGCGUACCCCAACACCUUAUACCCGGGUGUGACGUCUGGCUACGGGUCUCAGUUGGCUGGUUCCCCGCACCCGGCGAUGCUGCAUCACUAUCAGGCAUCGGCCGGGGUCACGCAAGGCCAGCCCAGGAUGUUCAGCAUCGAUAAUAUUAUUAGUCAGCAGACAAUGAUGCAAAGCGGAGGAGAUCUCAACCCGCAGUCUCUCGGCAUGGGAGACUUGGGUGCCAUGACCUCCAGCUGUUCCGUGUCAAACUCUGACCCGACCUGCUUUCAGACGCAACAGAUAAAUCCAACGAGCAACAUGCUGAGCAGGAACACGGGAUCUCUUGCUUCAAACAUGACAACCAGUUACACGUAUCCCUCCUCGGCUUCGCCUACUCACCUGUCCGGGGUCACGCAGUCCAGCUUCUCUCCGGGAGGUUCACAGGUGUACUGUUCGGGGAACAGGAUUUCUCUGCCCCCCGUGCGUUCUGGCUCGUGUGUAGAUCAUACAGAGUCUCUUUUAGCUCUCUCCGGACCAGCAAUGAACUCCUACAAUAAUUCAUAUAUGAGACAAGCCAAUUUUGCCUCAGGACUGGAGCGAUACAUGUGAAAACUUCUGCACUGCAUGACAACGUGUUCCACUGCAUGUCAAUGGCCCCGAGAUUGAGUUCAUAUUCCUGUUGAUUAUGUAACAAAAGUUUUGUAGAUAACGUGUGACUGAAUUAACUAGUUUUUGGUAUAUGUGUUCAAAGUAUUUUGUGUUAAAUAAAAUGAAGAAUUACAGUUCUGGUAUUGAUAUGUUGUCUGAAACAUUGUUUGACUAUAUCAGAAG